GGCACUUCGGCGCUGAUGUUCUCAGUCGUUCUCCCUUGUUAUUUCCUUUCCACCCGAACAGACAACAUGGCCUCCAGCUCUGAGCUUGCUUGCGUCUACGCAGCCCUGAUCCUCCACGACGAUGGAGUAGAAGUAACUGCAGAGAAAAUCUCCUCUCUGAUCUCAGCCGCCAAGGUGGAAAUCGAGCCUUUCUGGGCUGGUCUGUUCGCCAAGGCUUUGGAGGGCCGAAACAUCGGUGAUCUCGUUUCCAACAUCGGCUCUGCCUCUGCAGCACCCGCUGCCGCACCAGCUGCCUCUGCUGCCCCAGCAGCCGCCGAAGAGAAAAAGGAGGAGAAGAAGCCGGAAUCUGAGGAUGAGUCAGAUGAGGACAUGGGAUUCGGUCUGUUCGACUAACUUCUAGCUGAAAGUCCUGAUAAUUUCUGGGAAUAAAUCAUCUCUUUCAACCAA